AUGCCCUUGUUCACCUGGCCCAAGCCCAUAUGCAGCAUGGACCCAGAAGCAGAGCUGAUGCCCACCAUUGACCUGAGCAUGUCCAUUCCAGAGCUGAAGCGGUCUGAGCAGUCUGACCAGGUAUGUGUGCCAGCUCGUACUUCUGUACCUGUGGGAAUCUUGGUGGAGCUGGAUGAGGAAUAUAAUGUGAGAGAUUUCUAUGACAAUGUUUUUGAAGCAGGAAAAACAGAGAAAAGUUCAGUGGGUUGCUUCAUGAAGUACAGGGCAUUAAAGGAGAAGGAGAGGAAAACCUUUACAAAGAAAAAUCAUGACUCUGAGGGAAUUUACAUUGGAAUUAUGAAAAGACAUGAUGGUGUUCUAAAGCCCAUGAGAGGGAGGAGCCUGCCUCUUGAAGUUCAAACAAACUGGUCAUCUGAGCAAGUGUUAAUAGCUGGUGAAAAGAAAGUAAAAGAUUUUAAUCAGGACAUGGAAGAGGGCCCCUAUGUUUUACUGUACCCAGAUUGUUCAGAGGUUAAAAAUAUUCCAGGAACAAACACCCCUUUUAAACUACAGCUGUACAAAGAGGCAAUUGGGAAGACUUACCAAAGAAUAACACUGUUCAUAUGCACAGUUCAAGACUUUUCAGCCACUGACCGUAAUGAGGAUUCUUCUAGUGAAGACAGUGAAGUGCAAGUAAAAUCUACCUCUCACAGUCCACUUGAUGAAAAUGACACUUUGGUGGGUGCAUUUAAUUGCAUGUAUCCAAAAAUAAAUAUAACGUUAAUUGAAGCAGGAAAAAUCAGAACAAACAUCCAUGAACAUGUACGUGACCAACAAAAGUGCUACACCAAUUACACACGUCUGUAUGCACCAAUAGUAAUCGAAAGUGAUUCAGAAGAGUCAGACCAGAGCACACAACAUGUUGAAAAGGAAUGGUUCUCAGAUGCAUUCACUGCUGCAGACAUUGUGUCAGAUCUCUCACAGAAGAUCAUAAGGACAUCUUGCAGCAGAUUCAACAUAAAUCGAGCUAAUGUUUGGGAUGGAGCAGUUCGCGGUUUUAAACAUGCAUCAUAUGAUCCAUUGCAUGGCAUGCUUGUCAAAUUCACAGACGAUGAAGGCACAACUGAAGAUGCAGUGGACACAGGUGGUCCAAAAUGCAAGUUUCUAUCCCUCCUAAUGGACUGUUUAAGAGCACGGAGAAUCUUUGAUGGUCCAGAAAAUAGGAGAUUUCUCACCUUUAAUAAUGGAGCUGUCAGAGAAGAUGAAUACUUCCUUGCUGGGUGGAUGAUCGCAGUUUCUAUUGUUCACGGUGGUCCAGGUCCUCGCUUUCUCUCAGAUAUGCUGUACGAUCACCUCACUGGUAGUGCUGACAUUAAUGGAACAGUUGAGGAUGUAACAGAUAAGACCAUGAAAGCAGCUUUAAUUGAGAUAUCCAGUGCAGCAUCACUGCAUGAAUUACACAUGCUUAUUGACAAGUAUGAAAGCUUGCUGCAGACUGCUGGAUGUUUUGAUUACCCACAAAGUGUAGAGGGCAAAGACAACAUUGUGAAGGAUUUCAUACAAUGGUACAUAAUAUACAGAAACCAGUACUCAGUACAAAGAUUUAGGGAUGGGCUUUCCACCCUGGAUGUCAUCCAUGCCCUGGAACAACAUCCUAGUGUAUUCAGACCCUAUAUGUGCUACAGUGUUGACAGACUAACACCUGAAUCUCUGGAGGGUGUCUUCAAGGCUCUGCUCAGCGAAGCUGGUAGCACCAGACGACAAGAAGAAACAAGAAUUCUGGGAUACUGGAGAGAUUAUCUGCUUGAUUUUUCAGAACAAGAAACAGGAGUCUCCCUCCAGGACAUCCUAAUGUUUGCUACAGGAUUGGAUUCACUGCCUCCUUCAACAAUUGUGCCUCAGCCCCGACUGAGUUUUGAGAGGACUUCUAAAUUCCCUAUUGCAAGCACCUGUGCCAACACAAUAAAACUGCCAAUGUCCAAAAGUUAUGAAGAGUUCAAAAAUGCAAUGGAUUUUGGUAUUCAAAACUCACCUGGUUUUGGAUUGCACUGA